AUGGCGGCCAGCGUUUGGACUACCAAUGAAGCUGAAGGCAAUUAUGAAAUCCACUUCGCGAAAGCUACGGAAACCAUUUUCAGGCCUGAUAUCCUGAAAUCGCUCGAAAAGACCAUCGCGGACAUGGACAAUGAGCUGAGGGAGUUGAGCUUGGAUAUUCAUGCUCACCCAGAGCUUGGUUUCGAAGAGCGCUAUGCCCAUGAUACUAUGACUGCGUUUAUGGAGAAGCACGGAUUCGAGAUCACUCGCAACCUACACUUGGACACUGCAUGGAAAGCUGUCUUCGCCCACGGCCAGGGCGGUCGCACUAUUGGGAUUAACUCAGAGAUGGAUGCUCUUCCCAACAUCGGACAUGCGUGCGGCCAUAACUUGAUAGGCAUGAGCGGCAUCGCGGUCGCUUGUGCCCUAAAAGGUGCCCUCCAACAGUGGGAUAUCCCUGGAAAGAUCGUUCUCCUUGGCACCCCAGCUGAAGAAGGCGGCGGCGGGAAAAUCAUCUUACUUGACAAAGGUGCAUACGAAGGGAUGGAUAUCUGCUUGAUGUGCCACCCCGCUCCUGGACCAAAAGGAUCGCUCAGUCUGAGCAGUUGUCUCGCUUUGAAUCGCGUCUCCGUCGACUUCUUUGGGCAUACUGCUCACGCGGCUCUCUCCCCUUGGGAGGCUCAAAAUGCUUUGGACGCUGCUGUUCUCUCAUACAACAACAUUGCAGCCCUUCGUCAGCAAAUCAAGCCCACACAUCGUGUACAUGGCAUCAUCGAAGGGAAGGAAUGGGUCCCGGGAAUCAUUCCCGACAAAUCGAAGCUGUAUUACUACAUCCGUGCUCCUACAACGACAGAAGUCGAAGCAUUGACGAAAAGGGUUCUUCCGUGCUUUGAGGCUGCCGCGCUCGCUACGGGCUGCCGGGCAGAGAUCAAGAUCACUGCUUCUACCAAUGAUCUCCGCCAAAACGAAGCCUUAGGCGAGGAGGCUGGAAAUAUCAUCAAGGCAGGGGGCGGAGCCGUUGACUACGAAUGGGGUAUCAAAUCGGCUUCAACGGAUUUUGGCAAUGUCACUUAUGCUCUACCCUCUCUACAUCCCGGUUUUGCGAUCCCGACUGAACUGAACGGCGGCAACCACACCCAUGCAUUCGCUAAAGCAGCCAGUACCGUAGCAGCACAUAAAGCAUGUCUUGACGUCUCCAUCGCUUUAGCUGGCGUCGGGAUUCGCGUACUACUUGAUGACAAGUUCUUCGAGAGGGUCAAGGAGACUUUCGAAGAGGACAAGAAAAGGCGAGCGGAAGGAUAUUGA